GCGCUGUAACUAACACUCACGCCAGUACGCCGGCAGGAAAGCCGGCUGAGAUGUAACACGCCGGAGCCUGAUCUUGGAGUGGAGCAUAGUGUUCCUUCGCCUCUUCUUCCUCUAUUCGCCGCUCCUUUUAGCCAGACAUCGUAUUAGCUAUGUCGGGUCCAGCUCGUGGUUAUGGGAAGGCGAUGGAAAGGUUCGCGUUUUCGAAUCCCAUGAUAAUUUCUCCCGGUGACAUGGAUGAAAUGAUUGAAAGUUCUGUUCCAAGAAACACAUUUACAUCUGCUGGUGCUGCUGAGCCAAUUGUAGAACCAUAUGAAGGUAUGAAGUUUGAAUCUGAAGAUGCUGCUAGAUCAUUCUAUUAUGAAUACGCAUCUCAAAUGGGCUUCAAGGUACGCGUCAGUUCUUUUGUUCGAUCAAAACGUGACAAAACCAUUAUCUCCCGACAGCUUGUAUGCUUUAGAGAGGGGUUCCGUUCAGCAAAAGAUGGAAAUAGUCAAGUUAGAACAAAGCGACCACGGAUGAUAACUAGGGUGGGUUGUAGAGCCAUGAUUAUGGUUAAGAAACAAAGCUCCGGAAAAUGGAUUAUCUCUAAAUGUGAAAAUAUUCAUAAUCAUUUACUUGGAACCCUGGGGAAGGUGGUUAUUCUUGAUUUUGAUCCGUACGGACGUGCAAAUGAAGCGCUCGAGAGUCAAACAUGGAGAGAAACAAAUGUGCAUAGGGAUGUAGCAAGUGAUCCCCAUGAAUUAGUUGUGGUUCCAUCAGAAAUGGAUCCUCAUCUUGAACCGCAUGAGGGUAUGGAAUUUGAAUCCGAGCAGGCAGCACAAACUUUCUACAAAGAAUAUGCCAGGCGUGCAGGUUUUAGAGCACGUAUCAGCACUUACUAUCGAUCAAAGCGUGAUAAUUCAAUAAUCUCUCGGUUGAUUGUAUGCUCAAAAGAAGGAUUUCGGUCAAAAAAGGAUGACAAUGCAGAAGAAAGACUGCGUCCAAGAGCAAUUACAAGGGUAGGAUGCAAAGCAAUGAUAAUGGUUAAAAAACGAGGUUCCAGAAAUUGGGUUGUCUCAAAACUAGUUAAACAACAUAACCAUUUAUUGAUAGCUAGACAUGUGGAAGAUGAUGACGGUUCUGAUGUUGAAGGUGAUGAAACUAUUGAAAGUGAGGAGGGCUUACCUUCACAAAGUGGAGAUGUAAUUGCUGAACCACAUGGAGGCAUGGAAUUUGAAUCCGAGGAAGGUGCAAGGCAAUUCUACAAUGCAUAUUCUAAACGCAUGGGCUUUAACAUGCGAGUUAGUACCUAUUAUCGCUCAAAGCGUGACAAAUCGAUCAUUUCUCGACUUUUUGUGUGCUCCAAGGAAGGAUUCCACCUGAAGAAGGAUACUAUCAGCGAAGGAAGUAGUAGAAGGUCUAAAGAAGCUACAAGAGUUGGUUGUAAAGCUAUGCUUUUGGUAAAGAAAAGCAAUUAUGGUAAAUGGGUUGUUUCCAAAUGUGAGAAUGAGCAUAAUCAUCCCUUAGGUUCUUUAAGGAAGAUGCACAAAUUGCGAAAGCGAAAACAUUUAUGUGGGACAUCUAAGAAGCACGAAGAUCAGCUUGAGAAUUACCAAAAUAGUUAUGAAUCUGCAACAUCACAGUACAACAUUCUUUGUCAUGAAGCCAGCAAAUAUGCAGAAUCUGGGGUUACGUCUACAGAUCUCUACAAUGUGGCAAUACAUACCCUGCAGCAAGCUGUGAAGAAGGUUUCAUCUAUUAAAAGCCUUGAAGUUUCAAAGUCUGGUACUGUUAUCAUUGGAGAUGAUGUGGACGAUACCAGCUACCAGGAUAGCCAUGUUGAAACUUCUGCUUCUUAUGACUUUGAAUCUGCAAGAAGAUUGAAUUUCUCAGAUCGUUAAGCAAACUUGAGCUUCAGGAGGCCAUUAUGUAGAAUGUACAAUGGGGUCAUGCAGCCUGUUGAUCAUAAUUGUUAGAGUUCUCCAUCUAAACAGGUAUGUUAUAAUUUUUGUGCAGCUUAUGAUGAAGGGAAGUUACUAUAGCAAGCAAACCGGGCUGUAAAUAUUUUUGCUUGAGGAGAUUAGUUGCCCACCCAUUUCAUAUGCAGAAUUACGAUGUCGAAGAGCUUCGUUUCAGCAACCUGAGUGUAUAUAUAAGACUUGAUACUAUGAAUCAAUUACCAGUACCUAUACUGGUAAUGGCAUGAUCUUCCACAGCGAGUUGCAGAAUUACGAUGUCCAAGAGCUUCGUUUCAGCAAUCUGAGUGUAUAUAUAAGACCUGAUACUCUGAAUCAAUCACCAGUACCUAUUCUGGUAAUGGCAUGAUCUUUCACAGCGAUGUACAUAGCAUAUUUUCCAUUGCGUGAGACUGAGGCUUCCUUUGGGACAGCUUCUUUGCUGAUUUCUAAAACAACUUUUUAGUACAAAAUCAAGAAAAUUUUGUACUAAAAAACAGUUUUGUAAAGUAACAAAAAAGCUGUCCCAAAUGAAAUUUGAAUCAUAUUACAAGGUAAUUUUGAUACUUUAUGUGGGCGUCUAAUUUAGCAACUAAAAUUUGCACAUGACCUCAACGGUGAUUUCGAAAGCAUUGUUGUUUACCUUUGAAAGUUCAACUUUCAAAUCUUCCAACGGACUUUACCAAGCUAAAGUUUACUGUAAUUUAGGGUUUAGUUCAAUGUGUCGUUUAUUUUCUUC